AGUGUAUUGUAGUGUAUUGUAGUGUAUUGUAGUGUAUUGUAGUGUAUUGUGUAUCGUGACUUCAAGCAAUAAUGAUGUAUCGUAGAAAUGGUAUUAUUGACGAACAAACCACACUUCCCUCUUCUACUUACCCAAUGUUUAAUCAUCAAAGUGUAUUUCUAUUGUUAAAGGUUUUUAUAAAAACGUGAGUUGGAACUUUCUUAUAAAUCCUAUCUUCUUUAUUUUCCCUCUUCAAGCCUGAUGCACGGUUGCUUUGUCCUGAUCUUCUACUACUCUUCUACUACUCUUCUACUACUCUUCUACUACUCUUCUACUACUCUUCUACUACUCUUCUACUACUCUUCUACUACUCUUCUACUACUCUUCUACUACUCUUCUACUACUCUUCUACUACUCUUCUACUACUCUUCUACUACUCUUCUACUACUCUUCUACUACUCUUCUACUACUCUUCUACUACUCUUCUACUACUCUUCUACUACUCUUCUACUACUCUUCUACUACUCUUCUACUACUCUUCUACUACUCUUCUACUACUCUUCUACUACUCUUCUACUACUCUUCUACUACUCUUCUAUGUGUCUUAGGUUAUUACAUGCUGUAUAAUACAUCAAACACAUUCUUGGUUUUUUUACUUUCGUUUUUUGUUUGUUGGAUUGAUAUGUUUGUUUUUAUCACUAAAUGACGUGGACAUCUUUUACAGAGAAACAGACCGAUUCCGUUACAUGUUGUCUCUCACCGGGUUAGGAUUUUUAACUGGACAAUGCUGUAAUGAUUUGAUCAAUAUUGAUGUAGUUGUAACCUUUUCGAUCACACACUCUGCUUUCAUUCAUUCACUAUUACGUAAAGAUAUUCUUAAUCAAUAACCCCCCCCCCCAAAAAAAAAUGUCAAACUUAAAAGAAGACCAAAAGGCACUUUGGAUCAAUAAGGGCUUGUUUGAUAUAUCUGCAUCCUGAAUGGCACCCUAUUCCCUACGCAGUGCACUACUAUAUAUAGGGAAUAGGGUGCAUUUUAGGGGCCAACCAUUGUCUCCCUGUCUGAAAGGCAGUCUACAGAUAUCCUUUACUGCCCUGUUGUAGACCUGCUGUGCUGCUGAAACAAGAUGGUGGUUAGGACCUGUUUUAUCUGGUGAGAAGAGCAUGUCAUGACGGUUAGAGAGGUAAGGUUAGAGGUCACAGCCGGGGUUCGAUUUGAAUCAAUGGUAAAUGUGAGUUACAGUAUGUGGGCUUUAGUUGGUGUACAGGUAGAAUUUCUCCUUAUGAAAAAACAACCAGCUAUGGUUUUACAGUCAGGAAUUGUUGUUAUGUGACACAUUCCAAAGAGUGAUUUAAUUUUUUUAUUUUUUAUAGUGAUUCUUCUUUCAACUGAUACUGAAUCUAAUUUCAUGAGCGAGAAAAAAGAACCUAAAUUAUUUGUUAUUAUCAACCUCUGUCCAUCUGUCUACCUAUAUACACAUGUACGUAUAAGCUAAUGAGAAUAUGUCAAUUAGGUUAGGGUUUCAAGGUAACCGAGGUGUCCAGACGGUCAUUGUGAUGAACUAAACUGAGGAUUCUAAAGGAUUCUAGAAGUUCUAGAAUAGAACAGACAAGUACGUGAUUCUUCCGGAAUGAUUUCUGUCACGUGUUUGACAUUCUGACAACACUACAACAAUGUUGGUGAUCCACUACAGUGACUUAUCUUGUUAAAGUUUGGUGGUUGAAUAAAUCAUGUAUUUGUCACAUGAGUGUGAUUAUUAUUUUUUGAAUGCUUAGCUAGUUUUGUUAGACUAUUAGUUAACUGUUGACUGUUUGUGUAGUACUAAUCACUCACGUUUAAAGGAUUGGUAUUUAGGUAUUGUCUAAAUGCACACGUCAAAAAUGAAUUUAUAUGUUCAGUAACGAUGAUCUCUGAAUCUUUUCAGAGAUAAUAUGUACAUGUAUUGUAGAAACAAAUUCUGUUCCAUAUGUAUCCCUUUCUGUAAUACUUUAGAAUUGGCCUGGAAUAAUGUAUAUACUGUCGUAAUAAAGUAUAUACGGUA